AGAUUUCUCUCAUUCCGGGAAAAAGAAGCUAAUAUAUAAAUGGCCGUUGCUGCUUCUAGAUCUUGUUACUUCAUCUUCUUUAGUGCGGCGUCUGAUGGAGGAGAUAAACCCUAGUUCUUGUGUUGACAAUCAGAGAGACAUGGCUGAGGAAGCUAAACUUGAUGUGAAGACGUCGGCGAAGAAGAAGGACAUACGAAACUAUCUCUGCCAGUAUUGCGGAAUCAGCCGAUCGAAAAAGUAUCUCAUCACUUCACACAUCCAAUCUCAUCAUCAGAUGGAACUUGAAGAGGAAAAAGAUGAUGAAGCUUGUGAGGUUGAAGAAGAGUCUUCAAGUAAACAUACUUGUCAUGAAUGUGGUGCUGAGUUUAAGAAACCUGCUCACUUGAAGCAGCAUAUGCAGAGCCACUCUCUCGAGGAAAUAAAUGGCCUUUUGUUUAAUUCAAAAGUUCACGUUUAUGGUGUGCAGAGACCUUUUGCUUGCUAUGUGGAUGAUUGUGCUACUAGCUAUAGGAGAAAGGAUCAUCUCAAUAGGCAUCUUCUUACACAUAAAGGGAAGCUCUUUAAGUGUCCGAAGGAGAAUUGCAAGAGUGAAUUCUCAGUACAGGGCAACGUUAGUAGGCAUGUGAAGAAAUGUCAUAGUAAUGACGACAGUGAUAAGGACACUACUGGUAAGGGCGAUAGUGAUAAGGAAAAAUCUGGUAGUGCCGGUUGUGAUAAGGAAAAUGCUGGUAAUGGUGAUAGUGGUAAAGACAACACUGGUAAUGGCGAUUCUCAACCCUCUGAAUGUUCAACUGGUCAGAAGAAGCUUGUCUGCAAAGAAAUUGGUUGUGGGAAAGCCUUUAAGUAUCCUUCACAGCUGCAAAAGCAUCAGGAUUCUCAUGUGAAAUUGGACUCUGUGGAGGCUUUUUGUUCCGAGCCUGGGUGUAUGAAGUACUUUACAAACGAAGAAUGCCUCAAGGCACACAUAAGGUCCUGCCAUCAGCACAUCAACUGUGACAUAUGUGGCUCUAAGCAUUUGAAAAAGAACAUCAAGAGACAUCUACGGACCCAUGAUGAAGAUUCCUCAACAGGAGAAUUCAAGUGUGAAGUUGAGGGUUGCUCUUCAACUUUCUCAAAGGCUUCUAAUCUUCAGAAACACGUGAAAGCAGUGCAUGAGGAUUUACGUCCCUUUGUCUGCGGUUUUCCAGGUUGUGGCAUGAGAUUUGCUUACAAACAUGUCAGAAACAACCACGAGAAUUCUGGAUGUCACGUUUAUACCUGCGGUGAUUUUGUCGAAACUGAUGAAAUCUUCACCUCAAGACCGAGAGGUGGACUAAAGAGGAAGCAAGUCACAGCGGAAAUGCUGGUACGAAAGAGGGUCAUGCCUCCCCGGUUUGAUUCAGAAGAACACGAGACUUGCUAGUAGUAUGUACAAAGAAGAUCCAGAAACUGCAGACGAUAAGAGUAGUAGUAUUAGUCUCUGGUGUUUUGUGUAAAGUUCUUUUUGUUUGUGUGUUAGAAAGAAAUAUAGAACGGCAGU